GUAUGACCUACCUUCCCACGAAGGGCUUGACCUCUUUGAGCCUUGACUUCAUCUGUGCAACGGUGCUCUUAUGAGACUCAAAUGAGGUUUAAGUUUAUCUAUUCAUGGGGCUGAAAAGCGUUUGCAAAUCCAUCAACGGCGAAGUGUCGCAAGCCGCCCAGGGUCACGUCGCCUGCCUGUGGUCAGGCAUUCCUCACUUCCACCAGGCAGAAGGUCAGUAAAAAUGGAGGCAAGCUCUUCUGGAAUCACUAAUGGGAAAACCAAAGUCUUCCACCCAGUGGCCAAGGAUGUCAAUAUUCUUUUUGAUGAAUUAGAAGCUGUCAACAGUCCUUGCAAAGAUGAUGAUUCUCUGCUUCACCCUGGAAACCUGACCAGUACUUCAGAUGAUGCUAGCAGAUUGGAAGCAGGGGGAGAGACAGUGCCGGAAAAAAACAAAUCAAAUGGACUUUACUUCAGAGAUGGAAAGUGUCGAAUUGACUACAUUCUUGUGUACAGAAAAUCCAACCCACAGACUGAAAAGAGAGAAGUAUUUGAAAGAAAUAUUAGAGCAGAAGGAUUACAAAUGGAGAAAGAGUCCUCUCUAAUAAAUAGUGACAUUAUCUUUGUGAAGUUGCAUGCCCCAUGGGAAGUGCUUGGAAGAUAUGCAGAACAAAUGAAUGUAAGAAUGCCUUUCAGGAGAAAAAUCUAUUACCUGCCCCGCCGGUACAAGUUCAUGAGCAGGAUCGAUAAACAAAUAAGCAGGUUUCGGAGAUGGUUACCUAAGAAGCCCAUGAGGCUGGACAAGGAGACACUGCCAGACCUGGAGGAGAAUGACUGCUACACUGCCCCUUUCAGCCAGCAAAGGAUCCACCACUUCAUCAUACACAACAAAGACACUUUCUUCAACAAUGCCACAAGAAGUAGAAUCGUACAUCACAUUUUACAAAGAAUAAAGUAUGAAGAAGGAAAAAACAAAAUUGGUCUGAAUCGUUUGCUUACCAAUGGCUCCUAUGAAGCUGCAUUUCCUUUGCACGAGGGAAGUUACAGAAGUAAAAACUCCAUUAGAACCCAUGGAGCGGAAAACCACCGACAUCUGCUCUAUGAGUGCUGGGCCUCCUGGGGCGUGUGGUAUAAAUACCAGCCUUUGGAUCUUGUAAGGCGGUACUUUGGAGAGAAGAUUGGGUUGUAUUUUGCCUGGUUGGGCUGGUAUACCGGCAUGCUCUUCCCAGCUGCCUUCAUUGGAUUGUUUGUCUUUUUGUAUGGAGUCAUUACUCUGGAUCACUGCCAAGUCAGUAAAGAAGUCUGCCAAGCUACAGAUAUCAUCAUGUGCCCUGUGUGUGAUAAAUACUGUCCAUUCAUGAGGCUGUCAGACAGCUGCGUUUAUGCCAAGGUAACUCACCUCUUUGACAACGGAGCUACUGUAUUCUUUGCUGUUUUCAUGGCAGUCUGGGCAACAGUUUUCCUGGAAUUUUGGAAAAGAAGGCGAGCAGUAAUUGCUUAUGACUGGGAUUUGAUAGACUGGGAAGAAGAGGAGGAAGAAAUACGGCCCCAGUUUGAAGCCAAGUACUCCAAGAAAGAGCGGAUGAAUCCCAUUUCGGGAAAGCCAGAACCCUAUCAGGCAUUUGCAGAUAAAUGCAGCCGACUUAUCGUUUCUGCAUCUGGGAUAUUUUUUAUGAUCUGCGUGGUGAUCGCGGCCGUGUUCGGGAUCGUCAUUUACCGGGUGGUGACAGUCAGCACUUUCGCUGCCUUUAAGUGGGCGUUAAUCAGGAAUAACUCUCAGGUUGCAACAACAGGGACUGCCGUGUGCAUCAACUUCUGCAUCAUUAUGCUGCUGAAUGUGCUCUAUGAAAAAGUUGCACUUCUUCUGACGAAUUUAGAACAGCCUCGCACAGAGUCUGAGUGGGAGAACAGCUUCACCCUGAAAAUGUUUCUUUUUCAGUUUGUCAAUCUGAACAGCUCCACAUUUUACAUCGCAUUCUUCCUUGGAAGAUUUACAGGACACCCAGGUGCCUACUUGAGGCUGAUAAACAGAUGGAGACUAGAAGAGUGCCACCCUAGUGGAUGCCUUAUUGAUCUCUGUAUGCAAAUGGGUAUUAUAAUGGUGCUAAAGCAGACCUGGAAUAAUUUCAUGGAACUUGGCUACCCGUUAAUUCAGAAUUGGUGGACCAGAAGGAAAGUACGACAGGAACGUGGACCUGAAAGAAAAAUAAGUUUCCCACAGUGGGAAAAGGACUACAACCUUCAGCCCAUGAACGCCUAUGGACUCUUCGAUGAAUACUUAGAAAUGAUUCUUCAGUUUGGAUUCACAACUAUCUUUGUGGCAGCUUUUCCCCUAGCACCACUUCUGGCCUUACUGAACAACAUAAUUGAAAUCCGACUUGAUGCUUACAAAUUUGUCACACAGUGGAGACGACCUUUAGCUUCAAGGGCCAAAGACAUAGGAAUUUGGUAUGGAAUUCUUGAAGGCAUUGGAAUUCUCUCUGUUAUUACAAAUGCAUUUGUCAUAGCAAUAACAUCUGACUUUAUUCCUCGCUUGGUGUAUGCUUAUAAGUAUGGACCUUGUGCAGGUCAAGGAGAAGCUGGACAAAAGUGCAUGGUUGGCUAUGUGAAUGCUAGCUUAUCUGUGUUUCGAAUUUCUGACUUUGAGAACCGAUCUGAGCCUGAGUCUGAUGGCAGUGAGUUCUCGGGGACUCCUCUCAAGUACUGCAGAUACCGAGACUACCGUGACCCUCCUCAUUCACUGGUGCCCUAUGGCUACACACUGCAGUUCUGGCACGUCCUAGCAGCUCGAUUGGCUUUUAUCAUUGUGUUUGAGCAUCUCGUGUUUUGUAUAAAGCACCUCAUUUCAUAUCUGAUCCCAGACCUCCCAAAAGAUCUAAGGGAUCGAAUGAGAAGAGAGAAAUACUUGAUUCAAGAGAUGAUGUACGAAGCAGAACUGGAGCGUCUCCAGAAGGAACGAAAGGAGAGGAAGAAAAAUGGAAAAGCACACCACAAUGAGUGGCCAUGACCAGGUAACAGUUCAUUUCCAAGCCAAGGACCUGAAACCUGUUUACUUCUCCCAGCUGUGCAAAAGCACAUUCAAGUGAAUGACUAAAAUGCAACCGCAGUGCAUGUCGCAGACAUUGGCAGCAGCAGGGGAGUCAGCACCCUUAAAGGACUACCUGGGAAAUCAUGCUGCUGUGAAAUCACGUUGCAGCACACAAUUGCUCUCUAUCCAUAGACCAUUCUUGACCAAGCAAGCAUGCACAUCAUGGGCAGUUACAUUCUCAAAUUUUUAAAACCAAGGGGAACUUGUAUACUGGGCCUGUUUUUCAGCCUGUUUGCUACCUUUUUUGCAUUCUGUCCCAUGUGAAUUUUACAGACACUGGGCUAAUAAGGGUAUUCAGACACCUGGACACACAUUCCUAGAAUGUCAUUAUAUGGUCCUAAUUCCACGUCACUGAACGAUACAGACAAGACCCUGUUUACAACUUUUUCUUUUUUUUUAAUUUCAGAUCUUUCUGAGGAGAUUAUUAUAUAUGACAUAUCUAUAGCUAUGUGUAUGGCCAUAGAUGUAUUUCUGUGUGUACAUAUGUAUAGUCAUGUAUUCUUACAUAUGUACAUACAAAUACAGAGAUAUAUAAAGUACAUAGAAAUUCCUUACUUGUAAAUAGCCAAAGGGUACUGACAUGA